UGGCAUCCUCCCCGUGGCGGUCAUUUUGGCUGCUCUCUCGUAUUUACCUCAGCGUCUGGAGCACCGGGUCGGGCUGAGGUUCCGGGACCGAGGAGGCGCCGAGAGGAGCCCCCGUCCCCGUGGCCCAAGGGCGGUUCUGAGCCUCGGCGACGCCGCCCGGGGCCCCGCGCCAGGGAGCGCCGCGGCCGGCGCUUCCUCUCCCGCCGCUCCCGACCCCGCUCCGCCUCCGAGGCCGAUGGCGGCGGCCGCACGGAGGGAGCCGGCUCAGGGCUGUGUGACCUUCGAAGAUGUGGCCAUUUACUUCUCCCAGGAGGAGUGGGGGCUCCUUGAUGAGGCACAGAGGAUCUUGUACCACGAUGUGAUGCUGGAGAACUUUGUACUUACAACAUCCUUCGAUUGUUGGUGUGGAGUAGAGGAUGAGGAGGUAGUUUCUAAUCAGAGAAUUUCUGUAGAAGGAGUGUCACAGGUCAGGACUUCUAAGGCAGGUCCAUCAACCCAGAACACUCAACUCUGUGAGAAGUGUAUUCCAGUGUUGGAAGACGUUUUGCACCUGCCUGAGCUCCAAGCAACAUAUCCUGGGCAGAAACCAUACUUGGAUGGGGCAUCCAGAGGUUUCUGGUUCAGUACAAACCUUCAGCAGUACCAAAAGCAUAAUAGUAGAGGGAAGAUCUUCAAAAUGGACAUGGACCAGCCCUCAUUUGUGACAAGCAGCAGAUUCCACGUAUUAGGGAAGCCCUUCACCUAUGGGGAGAGUGGAAAGGACUUCCUAGCUACCUCAGGCCUUCUCCAGCAACAGGCCAUUCCCGGUUGUGGGGAACCCUUUAACAGUGGAAACAGUCAUGACAAGUGGCUUGAAUGCAGGAAAGUUUUCAGCAACACAGACACGCUUCUCCGCCAGAGAGUCAGCACUGGAAAAGGUCUUGGUGAGUGUAACAAAUUUGGGAAAUCCUUCAACUGCAAAUACAAACUUGGUCAGCACCAGCAAAUUCACACUGGAGAAAGGUCUUAUGCGUGUGGUGAAUGUGGGAAAUAUUUUACCACUAGUUCUACCCUCCAUCAUCAUCAGAGAGUUCACACUGGAGAAAGACCUUAUGAGUGCACUGAAUGUAGAAAAUCAUUUACCUAUAAAUCCCACCUGAUUCGACACCAGAGAGUUCACACUGGAGUAAGGCCCUAUGAAUGUAAUGAAUGUGGGAAAUCCUUUAGCCAGAAAUCUAUCCUCAUUCAACACCAGAGAGUUCACACUGGAGAAAGGCCCUAUGAAUGCAGCGGAUGUGGGAAAUUCUUUAGCCAAAAAUCUGCUCUUGUCCAUCAUGAAAGGGUUCACACUGGAGAAAGGCCUUAUGAGUGCAGUGAAUGUGGGAAAACUUUUACCUUUAGCUCCAGGCUCCGUUAUCAUCAGAGAGUUCACACUGGAGAAAGGCCUUAUGAGUGCAGUGAAUGUGGGAAAGCUUUUACCUUUAGCUUCAGGCUCCGUGAUCAUCAGAGAGUUCACACUGGAGGAGGGCCUUAUGAGUGCGUUGAAUGUGGCAAAUCUUUUAGUGCGAAAACUGUCCUCAUUCAACACCAAAGAGUUCACACUGGAGAAAGGCCUUAUGAGUGCAGUGAAUGUGGGAAAUCCUUUAGCCAAAGCUCGGGCCUCCUUCUACACAAGAGAGCUCACACUAGAGCAAGACUUUAUGAGUGCACUGACUGUGGGAAAGCUUUUGGAUGUAAAUCCAAACUUGUUCAGCACCAGAGAAUUCACACUGGAGUAAGGCCUUAUGAGUGCAUUGAAUGUGGGAAGUCUUUUAGUGUGAAAUUUGUCCUCAUUCAACACCAAAGAAUUCACAGUGGAGAAAGGCCUUAUGAGUGUAGUCAGUGUGGGAAAUCCUUUAGUCAGAAAUCUGUCCUCAUUCAACACCAAAGAAUUCACACUGGAGAGAGGCCUUAUGAUUGCAGUGAAUGUUGGAAAUCCUUUAGCCGCAAAGCCCAGCUUAUUCAACACCGAACAGUUCAUAGUGGAGCAAGGCCUCAUGAGUGCAGUGAAUGUGGGAAAUCCUUCAGCCAGAGAUCUGGCCUCCUUCGACAUAGGAGAGCUCAUGUGCGGUAGAUGUGGGAAAUCUUUUAGCUGCAAAUCUGACCUCAAUCAACACCUAAGAGUUCACACUGGCAAAAGACUUUAGAUAUGGUGAGAAUGUGCUCUUUCCUGGGAACAACUGUUUUAGGAAAGGCUCUGAGGAGCCAUCUGCCUGAAAUGAAUUUCAUAGCCAGAUAUCCACAAACUGGAGAUUCCAUGUAAGUUUUAGUUACAUGGGAAGCAUGUGUAACCUGCCUGGGGUUCUUGUCAGACUUAUGUCAUUGCCAGUUUCACCUUUGGCAGAAGGUGUUUCACUUCUAUCACCUGGCACGUCCAUGCAGUGUGCAUUAGUAACCACCUUAGUAUUCUCAGUGAAGCUGACCUCUGAGAUCUCCCGUUUUGUUAGAGGAAAUCGUGAGUAUCCUGAGCUCUUAUGGGGUCUUUAUUCCAUUCUCUCUGACAAGAUAGGGCAUAGACCUGACCCAGUGUUGGCUCAGAUAAUGCUAUCUGAGUUCUGCUGGUGACUUUCAGAGAAGGACUAGCUUUUUCACAGACGCUAAAGUUUGUGGGUUAAGAGCUCAGCCUGAGGAAGGGGUAGUUGUGACACCUCCAGUGCUUCUGGAGACAUCAUGAAUUUUUUGUUGCCCACAGGGGAAAUCACUUAAAGCCCAAACCUGCUGAGGAGAAUCUUAUCCCCAGGUCCUACAAAGGAGCCAUAUGCCCUCAUAUCUAGAAUUCAGAAAGCUACUAGUUGUAAGACUACAGGGGCAGGGGAGACUAAUUGGUACAGAAGCACUGGAUUACUAGAGAGUGGAGGAGACUGCAGCAAACUACAUGGAAUGUGCCUCUUCUAAAGAUGGGUCCACAAUUGUUCUAGUGACAGUGACCAUGGGUUGAGUGUGUACAGAAAUCUCAGAACCUCCGGAUGUGUUUAUCUUGUGUAUCUGAAGUCACUGGCAGAGAAAAUAAUCUAAUAGUUUUGUGGAUUCCUGUAGCCUCUCUGAGCUGUUCACCUCAAGGCUAUUGUUACACAGGCAACAAAAGGAGGAUGGGGAGAAGGGAGAUCCCAUAGUCCAGGGAUCCUCUUGACUCAAGUGGAAAUGGCCUUCAUUGUUUGCCAGUAUUUCCUGCCGCUGAGGAAAGGCUGUUCCUCAAGGAAUCAGGAGUGAGAUAGUAGAGUCAAUAGAGUAGCCAAACCCAACUUUCUGAAGAGUGGGAGAUUUAGAUUUUUAUUAUGAACCAAUUUUUAAAGCUGUAUUAAGGUAUAAGAGACACAGAAUAAAUUGUACAUAUUUAAAGCAUACACUUUGAUAAAUUUUGACAUGUAUAUAAACUCAUGAAAUCAUCAUCAUUGUGAUAACAUAUCUGUCACCUGCAUAUUUUCCUCGUGGCCUUUUUUAUUCUCCCUGCUCUCCCUGUCUCCAGGCAACCAUUGAUUUACAUUCUUUAUAAUAGAUUGCAUUUUCUGGAAUUUUAUUAUUUAGCCUUAGGUGUUUAGUUUUCUUGUUUCAUUGAUGCUGCAUAAUUACUCUGAGAUUCAUUAAUGGUGUUUAUAUGCACAUUUCAUUCUUGUUUCCAAGUAGCUUUCUCUCUCAUGUAUAAUUGACCGUGUUUAUCCAUUCACUUGUUUAUGGGUACUUGGAUUAUUUCCAGUUUUUAGCUAUUGUUAAUAAAAGCUGAUAUGAACAUUUGUUUACUCUUUUUUAUAUGUGUACAUGUUUCAUUUUCUUGUAUUCUUGACUCAGAGUGAAAUGCCUGAAUCAUGGUAUCACUGAAUAUUUAACUUUGUAAUCUAUGAUGAUUGUGUUUUUUUGCAUUCCUACUGGCAAUGUUUGAGCGUUCCAAUUCCAUCACACCCUGCCAAUACCUGGUAUGGUCACUUUUUAAUUUUGCUCUUUUAAAAUAAGUGUAUAGUGAUGUCACACUGCUUUUAAUUGCAUUUCCCUAAGAAUUUCUUUCCCUAAGGAUGUUGAUCAUUAUUUUGUGUGUUUUUACCAGCAUACCUUCUUUAGUAAAAUGCCUUUGCUUA